AUGGCUCGUUUGACUAGCAAGUGCGACAAGGUGGACAGCAGCUUGGACGAGAUCAAAGAUGGUCUAUUUCUCUUUGGACCUCCACUUCAUGGCUUCGGCUUCAACAUUCACUACGUUUCGCACAUGUUGGCGAUCGCUAUGGAAAGCAAUCAGACGCCUGUCAUGAUAGAGAAUGCAGCUUUGGGAAGAUGGUUGUAUGGCGAAGAGAAAGGAUGGAAAUGCUUGCUCAAACCCAUAAGCUCUUGCGAUCGCUUUGCCCCUGUGAUGCGUGUUGGUUUCCCAGUGCAUUCCCGAGCAGAUGGCAUCCCCGACAAGUCGCUAGAUGCGCCCUUGGAGUUUCAAGGAGAGUUCUCGAGUCUGCUUCCUCACGGCAAGUUGUGGUGGAGAUCGCAUCUAGUUCAGCAGCUCCUCCAGCCAAGCUCCUUCCUACAACUUCUGCUCAGGAGAAUCAAGAACAGUCUCGGGAUCGUAGAGCCCUACAUCUCCGUUCAUGUCAGGAUGGGCGACUCUUGCACCCACACUGCGAGGUUCGCCAACGUCGAGAACCCGCCGGUGAAGGAAGGAUGCGUCUCUGUAGACCGCUACCUUCUCGCUGCCCGCCAGCUCUCCUCCCGCUAUGGCCUCAGACGGGUGUACCUGGCGACCGACAGCGAGGAGGCUACAGCAAGGUUUCGAGAGACAGACUUGGAGGUUUACAGCUUGAAUAUCGACAGGCACAGACUGUUCAACAGGUGGGCAUAA